AUGUACAGUAGGCAAAUAAAAGAUUGCACAUUUCGUGGACAUAGUGACAGUGUUGACCAGCUGUGUUGGCAUCCAAAGAAUACGGAUCAGUUGGUGACAGCAGCUAGUGGAGACAAGACAAUACGAAUCUGGGACGCCCGGACCAAUUGUUAUGUGUCCACGGUCAAUACUAAAGGUGAAAACAUAAACAUCUGCUGGUCACCAGCUGGCAGCACUAUAGCUGUGGGCAACAAGGACAAUCUAUUUACAUUUAUUGAUGUCAGAAGUCACAGGUCAAAGGCCGAGGAACAGUUUAAGUUUGAGGUCAAUGAGAUCUCGUGGAACAAUGACGGGGACCUGUUCUUCUUGAAGAGUGGGCAAGGCAGCAUAAACAUACUGAGCUACCCAGAUUUAAAACUCCAGCACACCCUGAAUGCUCACCCUGCCAACUGUAUCUGUAUCGAAUUUGACCUCAAAGGAAAGUACUUUGCCACCGGUAGUGCGGACGCCUUGGUCAGUAUUUGGGACGUAGCAGAGCUAGCCUGUAUUAGGACCCUCUCCAGGUUAGAGUGGCCAGUCAGAACUCUGAGCUUCAGCCAUGACGGUAAAAUGUUGGCCUCAGCAUCAGAAGAUCUGAUUAUAGACAUAGCAGAGGUCGACUCAGUGUCACUGGUGGAGGCCGUUUACCUGGAAUACGCCCGUCUACUGGCCAACCUAGGACUGAGGGCACCUGCCGAGUUCUACUGAUAGAAAGCCGGCGAUAAGGGGAGGCAAUUCAAAGAGGAAGUCAUUCUCUUUACCUAAAAAUUGUACCAUGUCUGUCAUUGAUGCAGAGAUAGUGACAUCAUGGUCCUUGUUAACUGACAGUAAUAGAGAAAAUAUU